AUGCCUGCACUCGAGGACGGCCUCGAGGCUUGGCUGCGAUACGCGCCUCUACCUGCUGAAAAUGUCAAACAUCCCCGCUUUUCGCAGAUUGUCGCUUUGAGCGAGUCCAAGUCAAGCCCCGUCUACACGGCUGGAAAGGAAAUCCAAGAUGGCUUGAACAAGAUUCUCCGCCAGAAGGUGGACAUCACAAAUACGCUCCCGGAGGCUGCUCAGAUUCCUGCAUCGGCGAUCGUGGUCGGAACUGUCGAUACUUUCCCAUCUGCUACCCCCGCCAUUCAGACAAUCCAAGAGUGUUCAUCAUUGAAGGAAGAUGGGUUCUGGUUGGGUGCACAAAAGGACGGCAACGAUGGUCCAGCGCAUGUGUUGAUUGUCGGCGAGAAUGAACGAGGGGCACUCUACGGUGCCUUCAAAUUCCUGAUGCUACUGGCGCAGGAUAAGCCCUGUCCGGAGACCUACAUCAGCAGCCCCAGCGCUCCGAUCCGCUGGGUGAAUCAAUGGGAUAACCUGGAUGGGACGAUUGAGCGAGGCUACGCGGGACCAUCCAUCUUCUUCAAAGAUGGCGCCGUUCUGGAUGACCUUACCAGGGUAGCACAGUUUGCGCGUCUGAUGGCCUCCGUUCGGCUGAAUGGCAUUAUCGUGAACAACGUUAAUUCGCACUGCAACCUUCUGAAUCCGACAAACCUCAAGGGGCUUGGCCGGAUAGCAGAUGUCAUGCGGCCCUGGGGUGUGAGAAUCGGAGUUGCACUGUACUUUGAUACCCCGAUCGAACUUGGCGGCCUGUCGACAUCGGAUCCGCUAGACCCGAAUGUGGUGAGCUUCUGGAACGAUAUCACUACCCAGCUAUACGAAAAGGUUCCGGACAUGCUGGGAUAUCUGAUCAAGGCAAACUCAGAGGGCCAACCGGGUCCGCUAACGUACGGUCGCACGCUUGCUGACGGAGCCAAUCUGUUUGCCAGGGCCCUCAAGCCCCAUGGAGACGGAAUUGUGAUGUACCGUGCCUUCGUCUAUAACCAUCACCUCGACGAAUCGAACUGGAAGAAUGAUCGCGCCAACGCCGCUGUUGAGUUCUUUGAAGGAUUGGACGAUGUGUUUGAGGACAACGUGCUGGUCCAGAUCAAGUACGGUCCGAUUGAUUUCCAGAUCCGCGAACCUCCAUCUCCUCUGCUUGCUCACCUGCGACGAACUCAGGUGAUCAUCGAGUUCCAAGUCGCUCAAGAAUAUUUGGGUCAGCAGAGUCAUCUUGUUUACCUGCCUCCACUGUGGAAGACGAUUCUCGAUUUUGAUCUCCGCAUUGAUGGGCAGCAAAGCUUGGUCCGGGAUGUCGUCUCGGGGGAGCGGUUCAACUGGAAGCGCAGUGGCUACGCAGCUGUUGUCAAUGUCGGCAAUGACUCUACCUGGCUGGGUAGCCACCUGGCCAUGUCAAAUCUAUACGCGUACGGUCGUUACUGCUGGGAUCCCACCAGCGAUGAAAGGGCUGUGAUUGAAGAUUGGACGCGACUCACCUUUAGCCACCACCCAACUGUCGUCGAUACCGUUACCCAACUCUCGAUGGAAUCGUGGCCCACAUACGAAAACUAUUCCGGCAACCUAGGUAUCCAGACAUUGUGCGAUAUCGUGAAGACUUGCCACUAUGGGCCGAGCCCUGCUGCCAUGGACGGCAACGGAUGGGGUCAGUGGACGCGUGCAGAUGCCCAUGCCAUCGGUAUGGACCGCACCACAGCUACUGGGACUGGCUAUUCCGGUCAGUAUCCCUCAGAGGUGGCAAAGAUAUUCGAGAACCCGGAGACCACUCCAGACGAGCUUCUUCUCUGGUUCCACCACGUGCGAUACACCCGCCGGCUGAAGUCCGGGAAGACGGUGAUUCAACAUUUCUACGAUGCCCACUAUGAUGGCGCCCAGAACGCCCAGACCUUCCCUGUGCGCUGGGAAGCAUUGCGUGGAUUGAUUGAUGACCACCGGUUCGAGCACACUCUAUUCCGCUUGACCUACCAGGCAGGCCACGCGCUCGUGUGGCGCGACUCUAUCUGCAACUUCUACCUCGCCAAAUGCGGCAUUCCCGACGAGCACCACCGAGUCGGCAGCUACAAAUGGCGCGUCAAGGCCCAGGAUAUGCAACUGAGCGGGUACAAGGUCGUCCCUAUCACCCCCUUCGAAGCAGCAUUUGGAGGUCAUGCAAUCAUCACCGAGUCCAACAACGCUCUGGGGACUGCCACGUGGGCUGUUACUUUCCCGGUCGGAGUUUACAAUAUUGCGGUAAAUUAUUAUGAUCACCUCGGAGGCACGUCUCAAUACCAGUUGUUCCUCGGGGGUGACGGGAGCAGCGAGAAACGGCUUAUCGGAAACUGGGCUGGUGAUCUGGGGAAGCACCUGCUACAUGACUUUUCGGAUCUUCGCGAUGGUCAUUCAGCGACUCGCAUCUACUUCAAAGGUGUACAGGUGCAUGAAGGCGAUGUGCUUACGAUUGUGGGUACACCGGAUGGAGAUGAACUUGCGCCGGUGAAUUAUGUUUCGUUUCUUCCCGUGGGUAUCAUAGACUAG